AUGUCGUACUAUUGCGGCGGAUACAGAAGUUAUUACCCUUGUAAUAGCGGCCUCAAUCGUGGAGCACGAAUCGGCAUUGGCGUUGCCAUUGCUGUCGGUGUGGUUUUGCUUGUCAUUCUCUUCUCGCUAGUCGCACGACGACGCAGAAGAAGAUUCCUCGAGACGCAGCCCACCUCGACUAUUCCCAUGCAUCAGCAGAACCAGCCGUCACAUUACCAACAAGGUUAUGGCGGCGGCGGUGGCUAUGGACAGCCAUAUGGACAGCCAUAUGGACAGCCAUAUGGACAACAGCCAUACACUGGACAGGCAUAUGGCCUCCCUUCUGGCGGGACACCUGCCAACAACGGCGGCGAUGCGUCGCUCUACGCCCCGCCACCUGGUCCUCCUCCUCCUGCAUACGUUCCGAGGGAUGACAGGAAGCCAGCAGAAAGUAACAACGUGUAA